AUGCUUUCCUUGGUCAAUGCAUUCCCACCUCUACUUCAAAAAAGAACUGCUUUAUUUGUUCAAUGCCCUCCUGCUCAAGGGACUACUACACUGCCAACCUUAAUAUCCGUAACACUCAAUCCUGAUCCUGUCGUCCCCGGAAAAAUAAAUAAAUUUACUGUUUCCGGAAUUUUAGAUUCAGAUAUUACAGAAAAAAACCCACUUAUUGUAUUUUAUGCUGAUCCUACAACUGGAAGCGCAAUAAGUGAACGAUAUUAUGGACACGUUUGUGAAGAAACUGGGUGUUCAAUUGAAGCUAAAACCCCAUUCUCUACAAGCGUGGAUAUUCCGACACCACAAAACUUACCUAGUCCAUUCGGCAUUUCAGUUUACAUUGUUGAUACUGAAUCUCGAGCAUUUUUAGGCUGCGCAUAUGCCAUCGUUGG